AUGAAGGUAGUCGUUCAACGUGUUUCAAGAGCCAAAAUUUCAGUUGGUGGACAUGAAGUAAAUUCAAUAACUAAAGGCCUUUGUUUGUUAGUCGGUUUGCAGAAAACUGAUAAAAAAAACGAUAUUGAUGCCAUGGUGCAGAAGAUAUUAAAGCUACGUCUUUUCGAUAAAGAUGAUAAAAAAUGGCAUUGCAAUGUAAUGGACAUGAGUUAUGAAAUAUUGUCAAUUAGUCAGUUUACUCUCUGCUAUAAACUUAAGGGAAACAAAUUAGAUUUUCAUAUGGCUAUGCCUGGAAGUCUUGCAUUGCAAGAUUAUCAAUAUUUUUUGGAGACUUUACGUUCAAAUUACAACCCUAGCAAAAUUAAAGAUGGAGCAUUCGGGGAAAUGAUGGAAGUUGAAAUAGUGAAUGAUGGACCAGUGACUGUUCAAUUGGAAUUUCCUAAUCCUGAAAAAUGUUUGGACGGAAAAUCUGACAAAUUGAGUGAUGUUGUUGAACUUUAG